GACUAACUUCAAAUUAAUGUAUUCCCAUUAAAAUAGUGCACUUGACCCAAGCAUGUUAACAUCAACUCAUGUUGAAACAGAUUCAAAUUAGUAGUAAGAAAAUCAAGAAGAGAUUGAGAAUUUGAGUUAUAUAAAAAAAGAAUUAGAAGACUAAUAACUAAUAACAAACUUUGAUUUGAAUCUAGCCAAUUUAGUUUUAAGAAGAAGUAUUUUCAAUAAUUAAAUUAAGGUUAUGUUUAUGAAGAUUAAUUAACUAAAUUUGAAAAAAUUUUAGAAAAAAAUCCAUCUUGUGUGGAAGCACUUGUUUAAAAGGGUAUAUAUUUAUAAAUAAUUUCUAGCUAAACUUCUUAUUAAUAUUUAAAAAUUUGAUGAUGCUUUAGAAUGUUGUAAUCUAGCCAUAUUACAUGAUAAUGGCUGUUUGUCAGCUUAUUUUGAAAAAGGUAAUUAGUUGUUUGUCCAUUUAGCUAAAUUAUUUUGUAAAUAAUAAAAGAUUGAUGAUGCAAUUAAAGUUUAUGAAACUAUUUUAUCUAAAUAACCAAAGAAUAAUGAAGCAAUCCAAGAAUUAUGUAAUUUAUGAUUGAAAACAAAUAGCUUCACUUUAAAAUUAAAAUCAAUAGAUUUAGAAGGCACUCAAAUAUUAUGACUAAUUAUUAGCUUUUGAUAGAAAAAAUAAAUUUAUCUAUGUAGAAAAAGCUAAAUUAUUAUAAAAAUAAAACAAAUUUGAAUUGGCUAUAAAAUGUUGUGAUUAAUUAUUGACUUUUGAUCCUUAUGAAAAAUAUGGAUAUUUAUAAAAAGGUGCCUCUAUUGUUAAUUUAUAGCCCUAUUAUAUUCAUAAAUUAAUGAACCUUAAUUAGCUAUUGAAUGUUACGAAAAAGUAAUAGAAAUUGACUCAACAAAUAAAUAUGCUUAUUUAUCAAAAGGUUUGAAAUAAUCAAAUAUUAGUUAAAUUAUUAUUUGAAUUGAAAAAUUAUGAGAAAGCUUUAAAAUAUUGUGAUAAGAUUUUAAAUUUUGAUCCCAAAGAAAUAUAUGCUAUGAUAUAGAAAGGUAAACAAAUUUAUUAUAUGAAUUAGCAAAAAUUUUAGAAUUUCUAUAAAGAUAUGAUUAAGCAAUUAAAUGUUGGGAUGAGAUUAUUAACUAAGAAUAAAAUAAAACAGAACCAAGUGUAGAAAAAGGUAAAUUAAUUAUAUUUUGUUAGCUAGAAUUUUACUUAAGCAGAAUAAAUCUAAAGAAGCAAUAAAAUGUCUCGAAGUUGUUUUAUCAAAUAAUAAAGCUAAUAGAGAUGCUAAUAUAUAAAAAGGUAAAUUAAGUAUCCUAAUUGUAGCUUAAAUAUUAAUGUAAUAAGGUUCAUUAGAAUAAGCUGUUUAAUGUUGCCAAUAAAUUUUGAACUAAGACCCAGUAUCAGAAAGAGCAUGGCAUUAUUGUGGUAAGAGUUUAUAAGAAUUUUAAAAAGGACAAGCAUAUAAAUUCUUGAAUUAAUUGAGUGAAGCCUUAAAAUGCUAUGAAGAGAUAUUAAGAUUAAAUAGCAACGAUUGGUAUUCUUAAAACUAAGUUAAAGAAAUUAAAGAAUAGUUAAAAAAAUAAAAAAUAAUAAAAAAUGAUUGA